GGGGUCCUCGCACUGAAGAGGAAGUAAAACCCAGUAACUAAGCACUGUUUGGUCAUGUCUUGUGCUCCCUGGUUUUGAGGGUAAAGUAGGAAGCCCUUGCCUUACUGGUUAUCUAAUGUCUUGGAGCUGUUGUUCCUGGUUUGAGGCUGUGAUAGAGUUCUGCUUCAUCCUCUCAGAGAUGGCUUUUCAAGAGGUUUCCAUAUCGUUGCUCGUGGUUCUUUCCUCCUUCUUUAAAAUACUUAUGUAUUCACAACAGAUUUCUUUUUCAGCUUUGAUUUCUUGAGAAACUUCCCAGUCUGUUUCCAUAUGGCUCUUUGUCCCACCCGUCCCAAAAGGAAUCUCACUGGAACCCUAGCUUCAAAUGAAAAGAGGAAAUCUCCACAUAGUGUGUGCUUGAUUGAGAACUGUUGCAGCUGUGUGAGGUGUAGAGGGACAUUCAUAAUGGCAAUUUUGUUGCUGUAGUUUCUGAGACAGGGUGGCCACUUGCCGUUGUUGGAUGGCUUUAAAUAAUGUGUGUACUGUUAUAUAGCAUGUGUAUUGCGAUGCUUAAAGGCUUCAGUUUUUGUAGUGCUUUUAUGUGUUCAAUCUGUGUGCUUUGGCUAACUGGCAGGACUGUGUUCAGUGUUGGAACAAACUUAAGCAAAAAACCCCUCAACUUUCAUGAUCCCAUUUUACUUCUUUAAUAGCUUUCCUCUGUGGUUUUGGUAACCAGCUUUAAAUUUGUUCGUUGUUGGCUAUAAAGGUUUUUAUGUGUUCUUUGUCUGCAUGCUUGGAAAGAGAUUCCUUGUAUCUGCCAAUGUUCUUUUACCAGUGUUUGCAUAAAGCAUUUAGGAAAUGUAGUGGAAAGUGAGAUGCUCACUCCUGCUGUUUCACAGACUCAUUAGCGUGGAAUAAUCUGGAGAGAUCAUACAUACAGAUUCCCUGAAUUACCUGAGUGAGUUACUCGUGAUGCUGCCUUGCAUCUCCCAAAAGCCAUUUGUCAUUUAUAUUUUUUUGUGCAGAAUGUUAUGGUUGCUGUUCUUUGUUGGUUACUACUCCUUUUCAUUUUGUGGAAGUCCUCAGCAGAAGUGACACAAACCCAAUUUAGUACGUUUUCGUGCUUCACAGUCAGAGAAUUUGGCAGUUGCUUCAGUGGAAAAAAGCUGUUGUCUUUUCUGUGCUGCUUGCUCAGAUGUUAAAGAUGGGCUAACUGAUUUUAAGUGGACUUUGUGUAAAGUUGAACGCUAGGUGAGCAGAGGAGAGGUCUUCUGUUAUGAGCCUUUAUAAAAGAAGCUCCUGUACAUACUUAGAUGCUUUUAACCACUUUUUUUUUUUUAGCAUUAGAAAUAUCUAAUUGCUUUUCCUUGAAUUCAUUUCUAAAUGUACAGAAUGAAGCUGAGAGGUUUUAUGAACACUUGCAACGUGGUUAUAUACUUUUUGUGACUGUAUCUCUGUAAAAAGCUGUAGCUUGCUUAGCUAGUAAGCAGCAUUUGAAGCUCAGGUUUGAUCUGUUCUCUUGCUAUAUGAUUUCUGUAGAAUGCACAACUGCUUAGCCUUUAAUUAGUGGUACUUUGUGGGUUCAAUUUUGAACUGUUGGUGUUAAGUCCCAUCCACUUUCAUGGGAGUCAUGUUUGCUCUCUGCACUAUAUUGUGACCUUCCUUCUUGAGUAAUACAAACUUGGAUUUAUCGUUUGACAUGUCAUUUAACUUGCUGCUUUAUAGAAUGUAAAAGUAAUUAUGUGCCAGGGAGAGUGCAAUAGAGUAGCUCCUGGCUAAGGCAGUGCUGCUGGUGGAUGGAAUGUCUCUAACAGUUGGGAAACUUCCAAAGUUCACGGGGUGGGAACAUCUUGUUGUACCAGCCUGUGCUGUGCUGUGGAGAGGAUCUCUGGAUGAAACUUGGGAGCCGGGCUUUCUCUUCUUCCUGAUUGCUGCUUUAAUGCUUAUCCCCUCCCAAGUGCUCCCAUACCAGUUGGUCAAGUCACUUGCAAGUCAGUUUUUAUGCAAGGCUACAAAUGGUGAUGAAGGGAAUGGGGGGAAGUGAUGACUUACACUUGAUUUAUUUGAAAUGCCUUGUUUUGUUGUGUAUUAAAUGUUUGGAAAAUUAAUUAUGCUUGGGUGUUAAAGGGUUUGAGGUUAGUUGCCUUAAACUCAGCUCUUGCUUCCUGAACAGCUGAAAUUGCAUGUAGAAACAGCUCUUUCUGGCCUGAGGAAUUGUUGCUGUAACUUUCUCCUCUGGUGUCAUACUUUCUGGUUCUCUGUUCCAUGUUGACAUUUUCUUUGGAAAACUACAUUUCCCAGAAGUUUUAUUCCUGGCUUUCUUUAUUCACACUCAGUUUCUAAUUGAUGGAUCUGUUUUCUCCAUUAGCAUUGCCUGCGGCCUCUGAAGGAUGAUCAUUUGCAAUGUUCAAAUAGAAAACAAACUAACAAAAAAAACCCAAAACAAACAAACAAAAAAACACCCACUGCUUUCAGUUGAAAACUGAAGACGAGUCACUUAUUUUGAGCACUUGGUGUAUGGGUGCAAUGAUUUGCAUUAGCUAAUGAUUUCUUAAAAUUCUUUGGAGCAAGGACUUGUUGACUGUCUGCAGCAUUUAACACAGUAAGGCUCUGAAUUGCUUCAUCUGUAGACAUUACCUCAGCAACAAAACAGUACUCUUAAAAUUGAAGAAAGUGGCACCAAACAGAUGGAUUCUUUGGUAACUAGGUUUAUUUUCAGAGUCAACUGUAAUCAAAACUCUUGAAGAUAAAAUCAGUAGAACUGUUAUAAAAUGAAUUUAGCAAACAAGUGCUUAAUACACUUUGCCUCAAUUUCUGGGAUGGAGUAAUAUAACAUUAAACUUCUUUAAAUGCUUCUAGUGAGCAUUAUUUACUGGCCACGCUGACAUCUAUCAAAGUGAAUAAGUGUUCUUCUAAAAGAGGACAAAAUGCAGUCCUUCCAACUCAUGUCUCUGUGUGUGAAGAUAAUUCCAGCAGUUAAUCACAUACAACUAACUUUCUGCCUGAUUUUAGAUGCUUUUCCUAUGCAGUCAGAAGCUUCUGUUUGCAGUCUGCAUAAACUCAUUUGAAGACUUCCAGAGCUCAAGUAGUAUCAAUCAAAUGUUAGACUAGAAACCAAAUUAUCUGAAAUCUCUAGUUAGCUUCUUUGAGUAGUUGUAGGUUGAUACAUAGCAAUUACAUUGCUGUACUGAGCAUUGAAGUUGAUGUGAGCUUACUGCUGUUAGGACUGGUAGUGUGUUUGGUGUAUGUGGUUUUAGUGGAAUAGAUGGAGUGUAAUCUAGUUUUGAUGUGUUUGAUCUGUGCAGAAUCUGCCAGUGUAGACUUUGGCAGUUCUGUGCAUGUAAGAAACAAACUUCUGGUGUUAAAAGGGAAGAAUCUUUAUGUUGAUAUCAUUUGUGCAGUGAUUUUUUUUAUUUUUUUUUAAGUUAUAAAACCAGAAGCACUGCGCUCAUGGUUGACCUGAGAACAGAGGUGUGCCAAAUGCAUACAGCUUGAUUUAUACUGUAACAUCCCAGAAAGGCUCUUAGAAUGUUUAUGGCAACGUUUGUCUAUUUGCAAUCACUUGAUCUUAGCGACUUCUUGAUUUCCUGGUCGUAAAUGGCCUCUUUUCCUCCUGUUUGUUUUCCUUCUCUGUGAAAGCAGUUCUGUGGAGCUGCUGGGUGGUUGAGGAGGCCUGCUUGUGUGACUCACUGUGGGGUUACUUCAGGCAUAGACCGGCAGAAGGCAGCUUUGCUUCCAGCCUCUGUGAAGAUGGAAGCAAACCGACUUGCUGAGACUUGUGGAGCCCUUCACAAGCUCAGCUGUUUGAGGAUGAAAGUCAAGCAAGAUGGGGGAUUUGACUUCAGGUGGAGCUGAAAGGCCAUUGUGUCCAGGUCUUCAGCCUGUUGGCCAGAAGCCAUGCCUCCAGCAGUGCAGCUGGCCGCAGUGGUAGUUAGCAGCAUUCUGUUGAGCAUGUUUCUCACAGCAGCUUCGCAAAGGCAGCUGAAGAUGUUUUUGAUAAGCGAGCAAGGCUUGGUCUGAUUAAACUUGCUGCCUUUUGUCAGCCCAGUUGCUCUUGUCAGACUGAGAUCUGCUUCACCGUGCCCGGAUAAGCCCUGCCACCUCAGCUGCUCUGUAGCAGCCUUUGUUGUGUGCCUUAUUGCUCCUUUUAACCAUCAGUAAAACAAUCUGUGUAGGGGAACAAAGGAUGGUGUGAGGAGGUGAAAAAAGUGAGCAAACAUCCUGCUUAGAAAAGGAAGAAUUACUGAAGUUUGGAUUGCUGUUCAGAUACUAUAAUCUGCAAUAAGUGGCAAUGUCAAGGGUUCCCACCCCACCUCCUCCUGGGGAGAUGUCCAGUGGACCUGUGGCUGAAAGCUGGUGUUACACACAGGUCAAGGUAGUAAAAUUUUCCUACAUGUGGACCAUUAAUAACUUCAGUUUCUGCCGAGAAGAGAUGGGUGAAGUUUUAAAGAGUUCUACGUUUUCAUCAGGGCCAAAUGACAAAAUGAAGUGGUGCCUGAGAGUGAAUCCAAAGGGAUUAGAUGAUGAAAGCAAAGACUACUUGUCAUUAUACUUGCUUUUAGUCAGUUGUCCAAAAAGUGAAGUCAGAGCAAAAUUCAAAUUUUCACUACUGAAUGCGAAAAGAGAAGAAACUAAAGCAAUGGAAAGCCAAAGAGCGUAUCGGUUUGUGCAAGGCAAGGAUUGGGGUUUUAAGAAAUUCAUCCGAAGAGAUUUUUUACUAGAUGAAGCUAAUGGUCUUUUACCAGAUGACAAGCUUACGUUAUUUUGUGAGGUAAGCGUGGUCCAAGACUCAGUAAAUAUAUCAGGACAGUCUAACACAAACACUUUGAAGGUACCUGAAUGUCGACUAGCAGAAGAUUUAGGGAAUCUCUGGGAAACAACAAGAUUUACAGAUUGCAGUUUUUAUGUAGGAGGACAAGAAUUCAAAGCACAUAAAUCUGUCCUUGCAGCACGAUCUCCAGUUUUUAAUGCAAUGUUUGAACAUGAAAUGGAAGAAAGCAAAAAGAACCGUGUGGAAAUAAAUGAUGUAGACCCGGAAGUUUUUAAAGAAAUGAUGAGAUUCAUUUACACAGGAAAAGCACCAAACCUUGAAAAAAUGGCUGACAAUUUGUUGGCAGCUGCAGACAAAUAUGCACUGGAACGGCUGAAGGUCAUGUGUGAGGAAGCACUCUGUAGUAACCUCUCGGUGGAAAAUGUUGCUGACAUUCUUAUCCUCGCAGAUUUGCACAGCGCUGAACAGUUAAAAGCACAAGCAAUAGACUUUAUUAACAGGUGCAGUGUUCUUAGACAACUUGGGUGUAAAGAUGGGAAAAACUGGAAUAGCAACCAAGCAACAGACAUAAUGGAAACAGCAGGCUGGAAGUCCAUGAUCCACUCCCACCCUCACUUAGUAGCAGAGGCCUUUCGCGCACUAGCGUCUGCACAGUGUCCACAGUUUGGCAUUCCACGCAAACGGCUAAAACAGUCCUGAAAUCUUCCAUGGACUUAGAGAAAUUGAAUUGACUCUACUCCUCCAUGUCCAGAGGUGUUUUCACAAACCAUAACAAGAGUUUUUGUUAUCCUUGUCCACAGAACAGAAGCUGAAAAAGCCUAUUGUUUGCUUUUCAGAUGGAUAAUUUAUGGUUUAAUCCUCAGCUUUAAAUUAGACUGAUUACUCUAAUUCACUGAAAGGCCUUAAAUUAUCUUCAAUGACUCUAGUCCAUAUAGUUUAAUGUAUCUUGAUUUUUUUAUUAUUAUUAUUUUUUAAUGUGCCUUGUCUUUUUGACUAGGCUCUGCAGGAUUGCACUAGCUCCAUAAUGCAGUAAAGUUGAUAACUGAAGAUUAAUUUUUUGAAAGGGAUCUUCCAUUAUUUUCAGAAGAAAAAAAAGAUUAUUAUAGUUUGGUCCUGUGCUAACUGGAAGGUUUUAACGAGCCUCUCAUUGAAAGCGCUUGAACCAGAGGCACAAACGUACCCUAGACAAGUGCUGUGUAUGGGGAGAGCCUGUUUACCUUCAGCGAAUACCCACAGGCUAUUUAUGGCAAUAUACUGCUUUGAACAUAAUUUAUUUUUCAUUGUGGGGGCAAAUAUGCAAUGGUUUGGCCCGAAAAUGUAUUUUCAUUACAGUUUGUAAUGCUUAUUGUGUGUGUGUCAAAGCUGUCCAAACGGUGAGAAGAAACACAGAAUAUGAACCUCUUGCUUGUGUUUCUUUGUGGUCCAUCGCUAGUUUACAUUUAAUGCAGAACUGAACGAGAGGUGAAGAGUUCAAUGUGAAAACAGAGAAGUAUUGUAUAUGGAAAAAAAAAUAUAUCCCACGUGUACGGUUACAUAGAAAAGUAAAGAACGCAUAGAAUGACCAAAUGUAAAUUGAAGAAAAUGGGCCAAAUGGAUUCUUAAUAUGCACUUUUAACGUGUAACUUUUGUAUGUUGUGUGGUACAUAUAUAUUUUGCUUUUGAUGAAUUAAUGAGGUACAGGUAAUUGUGGCUUAACUUUUUAGAUACAUUUUCAGAUGCCCACAGCCACAUGGGAUUUAGUUUUGUUAGAAGAGAAAGGCAUGUCUUUUUAAGACUCAUUUGAAGGUGACUACUGCAAGCUUUCAUAUUUAAGUAACAGAAUACUUUUGCUUAUUUGAAAGAGGCACGUGGAAGGCAAAAUUGUGGAGGAGAGGCUUUCCCCAUCUCAAUGUGUGCACAGCUUCUCUCAGCACCUGGGAAGCUCCAUACACAUCAGGAGGAAUAUUUCCCUGAAAUGUCAGAUGUGUCGGCAAGCAGAGACUUGCUCAGUCUUGCAUUUCAGUUAUUGUACUAGCAUUGUGGAUGGUAUUGAAAUUCUGCAUAAUGUGAAAAGGAUGAAACGUUUAUAAAUUGCUUGUCAUGGGCCAGUUCUUUAUUCCAUGAACCUUAGCUUUAAUACCAACAUCCUCAGUGUUUGAUAGCUUUGUUUACAAUUGAGAGGAAAAGUUUGCAGUAGUGCACACUCAAAAUGUUUCCUGAGUUAUUACAUUGAGUUUACUGUAAUAGUGAUGCAUUGCAUUUCUUCUUUGGGAAGACUUGGGUUUAGCAGUGGGGACUGGGAGGAGAUCUCAGCUAAUUUAUGAUCACAUUUGGAUAAAGGCUUUAGUUUGCCUAUUAAAAAAAAAAAAAAAAAGUAAUGCAGGGAACAGAGAGGAGGAAUUGUUUACUAUCGUACAGUCUUCUUCCAUGCUCAUUUCAUUAAGGUUCUUAUGAAUUGCUCUAAUUGAAGUUUUUAGAGGAAAGAAUAUAUACUUUUAUACUCUGGCCAUUAGCAAAGGCAAAUUGGAAAAAAAUGCCCACACCAAUUUCUUAACAAAAUAAUCUCUAAACAUGCAUUUUCUUACCUUCCAACUAAAUCUUUUAUGAUGGAUAAAAUGUAAAACCAGAAACUUUAAUAGUACGUAAGGCAUCAAAUUAUAUAUUUACAGAGAUUUAUCCUUAUAUCAAUUUUUAAAUAUUUAUCUACAACAAGGUCUCACGAGCAUUUUUCACAAGAAGAUGUGAAGAUAAUUGUUCCCUCCAAAAUAGUGCUGUUUUUGCUGCACUGUGUGAUGUGUUGGAACACGUUAUACCCUCAUACCCAUCGCCGGUAAGACUUGCAGCCCUAACAUACCCAGUGACUUGGGUACUGCAGUACUACAGUACUGCAAUGAGUGUGCAGUUCAGCUUGUUCUGAAGUAACGACAUACAGUAAUCUAAUGGAAAGCUUAAGGAUUUUACAAAGACUUCUUUUCAGAGGCUUAAUAGCACACUUGUACCAAAAAAUGUCAGACACUGUGCUGUGCUAUUACCUACAUUGUGAAGUAUCCACUUUUCAAGUUAAGUAGUGUAUACCGUACAUUACGCUGACAGGAGAGAAAACAAACCACGUAAUCUGAUUGGAUUUGGGUUUAUUUAUUAUGUAUAUUUUUAAGUUCGGUCAGCUCUUAAGAAAAAGGUUAAACAGUUGCUGUAUUCUUAAGUGAGUGCACUAAAAUUCACCUCUUCUGUUCUUUAAACACGCCGUGUUCUUGUCUUAUUGGAACGGGAUAGCUGUUAAUUGCAACCCUCUCCUUUGGAUUCGGUAGCUUGUUUUCAUCCCCUACAUCUCAAACACUUGCCCUUCAAAGCAUCAGUUGUCAGUUCUAAGUGCAGCAGAUAGAAAACUAUGUAAUACGAUGGACAGAUUUUGGGUUGGUUUUUCUUUUUCAGGAUGGAAUCUUAGGAUUUUUUUCUUAGUUUUGUAUACAGAUUAGGAAUAUAUUGUAUGAAGGUGCCACGUUUUGGCUUGCCAACACUACUCCCUUGGAUAUAUGUGAACCACCGCUUGCAUACUUUUCUGGGGAGAACCCUGCAUGUGUGUCCUGUGUGUGUGUGCGUGUGUGUAUGUAUGACUGUGCGGUGUUUUUUGUCAAGAAUGACUUUCUAAAAAUAAGGACUCAAUUUGCUGUUAAAAUGCUAUUAUGUAUUAUAUAUAUAUUUUUUUCCAUUUGAGCCUCUCCUAAGGAGAUGCUUUGGGUGGAAGAGGCUUCAAUAAACAAUCCUUAUUUUCUAGUCCAUUUACUGCAUGCAGAAGUGUAAACACGUUGUGCCUUUUUAGGAAACCGUUGCAAUGAAGGGAAGAUUUAACAGGAAACAAAAUCUUUUUAAAAGGUGUUUUUUAAAGGUGAAGGAGAGUAUUUGAUACGCAGUUGAGACUUGAGGCAGAAGUUACAGGUCAUACCUUCGAGCUCUGUUGCAUGCUGACUCCUGCUUUUGCAGUUAAGUUUCGCUGUAGAAAGUGUGGAAUAACAGAUAGAAGUUGAACAAUGGUCUAUUUUGUGAAAAUGUGAAAAUAUUUGCUGUUACAACUGAGUGUGUGUCAAAAUGUGAUAAUCAUGGACAUGAAGUUAGUUUUAUGUCACUCUAGUUCUGAUGUUUUUCUCAACAUUGGGUGUUUAAUACAAAAUUCACCUUUCUACAGGUCAAUAGAAGACCUGCGUGGAGAUUAUUCCUUUUAAAUCCUCAUGGAAAGGCUUCUCCUCUGGGAGAAUGAAAUGAUGUGCAGUAUUUGAAACUGUGUUUCAUAAGACAGUGAAUUGCAGAUGUGAGGUAUUGCUGCCUGAAAUAUUGCUGAGUUACGCUGAAUUUUACAAUUGGUUACUGAAAUAUCUUGAUUUUUUUUGACAAAUGGAAUGUUCUUUAUCUGAUGUUGAUAGCUUCUGUAGUUUCUUAACAGAGCUUAGCUCGUUAGCUAGCAAGACGCUGACUUAAUUUCAUAACUUGGCUUCUGCUUACAGUAAAUGGACUAUGUUUGUAAAGGGAAUUCACUAUUUCAAGUGUUUUGCAAGGAACUUCACUGUAUUUGUAACCUGUUUUUUUGAAGGCUUAAGAUAAAUGAGUCCUAUUUUAGAAAUCAAGCCAGUGAAAUGACUUGGACCUGUUUUGGGGUGGAAAUGAUUAAGAGAAUUCAGAUAUGUAAACAGUUGUAUCGAACCAUCCAGCCUUUUUUAUCAGCUGAUGUUAAUGGUGAAAUACUUUUUGUACCUUGUUGCUGAAAAUAUUUUUGCGUUUCAGCACAUCAAGUUACAAUAAAGUUGUUACUUAUACAGAA